UCAGACUGCAAAUCUAUGCCCCUUGCCCCUGAAAUUACUGUGAAAUAUAGUUAGUUUUGUGCAUUUUGAACAUUGCCGUCGGCUAAUCUUGCUUGAUAUAGAAGCGGGGGGUGAAAAAUGGCGAGCUUUGGACUCACACUCUCAUCAUCCAAAUUCAUGAUCAUCUCCAUUGCCUUGAUGCUGAUCGUGCCCUUUCUCUGCACACCAACAACAUCGUCUGAAUCUGAAUCUGAAUCUGAAUCUAAAUCUGAAGCUGCUUUUAUCAAGAAGACCAUCUCUUCCCACUCCAUCGUCAUCUUCUCCAAGUCCUACUGCCCGUAUUGUAAAAGGGCAAAAGCUGUCUUCAAAGAGUUGAACCAAACACCACAUGUUAUUGAGCUUGAUCAGAGAGAAGAUGGGUGGAACAUUCAGGAUGCCCUGAGUGAGAUUGUUGGCAGGCGUACUGUACCACAGGUGUUCAUUAAUGGAAAACACAUUGGAGGCUCAGAUGAUACUGUUGAAGCGUAUGAGAGUGGAGAACUAGCAAAGCUUUUAGGUGUUUCUGCAAAGUUUAAGGAUGAUCUUUAAGCCAAGAAUCCAGUCUCCAUGUGAUUUAUUCUCUUACUUUUGUAGGGUAGUGAUAUAACAGACUGUGCAUUAGUGUUCUGCUUUGUGGUUGCUAUUAUUGCUUUAUGCAAGUUUUCUUGAACAGAAACACUUCACUUAUGCUUUGAAGUAAUUGAUCAUCCUAAUUUUCUUAGCAAAACUCGAAUGAUCUGAAUUCAUGUAUGCAUUAUAAUAAUUCAUUAAGCUUUCUAUUUAUGAGUUGCUACA